AUGGAUGAUCUGAUUCUGGCCCUGGGCCCUGGGGGCAACAGUGAUGAGGAACUGGGUGCACAUGAGUGGGGCAGCCAAGCAUGGCAAGAGAAGCAAUACACGCAUGCACAGACGUGUUUACCCACAUACAUGUGUGCACAUACACACUCAGCUACACACACACAGUGGUAUCUGGAGCAGCUCUGUGAACUCAAAGGUUUUCUCCCUGAGAGGCGUAACACAGGCCAGCUGAUUCAUCAGAAUCAGGGUAGGUGCUGUUCCCAAGUGUACCCAUUUGACAACAGACGUCUGGUGUCAGAGGCGAUCCCAAAUCUGUCCAGGGUUUCUGAUCCCGAGGGGGCAGAGCCUGGCCCUGGCAGAGCCACUGGGAUGGAUCCACUGAUGGACAUAGUAGAGAACGCAGAUACUUUGGAGGAGCGAGAGGACAUCAUUAUGAAGUAUGAGAAGGGACACCGAGCUGGGCUGCCAGAGGACAUGGGGCCUGAGCCUGUUGGAAUCUACAACAACAUUGAUCACUUUGGGAUUCUGCAUGAGACGAAGCUGCCCCCUGUCAGCGCCCGGGAGGCGAAGCAAAUGAGGCGGGAGAUGAGACGCGUGAACAAGUGGAUGGAAAUGCUGGGACAAUGGGAGACAUAUAAGAACAGUAAAAAGCUGAUGAAGCGAGUGUAUAAGGGCAUUCCCAUGAACGUCCGGAUGCAGGUGUGGUCAGUCCUCCUGAACAUUCAGGAAAUCAAGGCGAAAAACCCCAGAAAAUUCCAGGUACGCUCAGCCAGAGUACAACAAACAGGCCAGGCCAUGUCAGUGGCCCAGGUCUCCGGCUGGAGGGAACGUCAAGCCCCGCUUUGGCGGGUGGCCAAACCCGAGCAAGGGUCCUCGGCACCCAGGCCUGUGCUGGCUUCACAUGGCAGGAAGACCCUCUGGGAGGGGGACAGGCAGGCCCCUCCCAGCCCACCAGCCCGGUUCCAGCAGCACAUUUGGUCAGCUUCCCCGCCACAGGCACCUGGUCCUUCGACACCCUGUCCUGGUGGGGCUGUCCGGGAAGACACCUACCAUGUGGGCACUCACGGUGUGCCCAGCCCGGCCCUGGCUCAGGGAGGACCUCAGGGUUCCUGGAGAUUCCUGCAGUGGAACUCGAUGCCCCAGCUCCCGACGGACCUGGAUGGGGGGGGCCCUUGGUUCCCCCACUAUUUCAAACAGAGCUGCUGGGUCCCUGUCUCUUCUGAAUGUGUGCAGCUCAAAAGACAUUCACAGAUGGAACACACCAGCCCCCAGAUCACAAAGCCAACCAUGCCCAGCCCCUCGCAGCACCCCAAGUCCCGCUACCAGCGUUCUGAAUUCUGA